GUCUGUUCUACCGGCGCAGGAAAUGGAAAGGAUUUAAUAUAAAUAAUAACAACUUUACAGACUUAUUUUUGUCUUUUCCCUCAAGUGAAGGUUUUUAAACGAAGAGAAUGAAGAACACGAUAUGUAACACGUCUAUGUUCAUUUGUAUGGUUUUGAUAAACAUCGCGUUUACAAAACGAAUAACUUUACAAGGACUUAAUAAACGAUCAAGGACGAACCAUGAAGUGCGAGAUCUCUCAAACGCAUCUGAUGGGAAGGGUGUCAUGGUAACGCCCGGAAAACCUCUUACUAUCAACUUUUGUCUCAGAGUACAGUCAAAAGUGCAUUUAAACAAUCUAAGAUUUUCCAAUUUUAACACCAGUGCGUUAUUCAGAGUUUCAUUAGAUCAUGGUAAAUGGAUGGGAACAUAUUUUGCACCUCCAGGUGAUAGUUAUAAUAAAUUCAUAAACACGGGUCUGUUUCCAAAACAGCAUGAAUUUGAAUCCGGAUGGCAUGUUUUGAAAAUCAACGUGAGUGAAACAUCCUCUCCUAUAGCUCUUGAUCAAAUAGAAUUUGAUGUCUUUGACGAUUACAUAACAGAAAACAUUUUAAACUGUGAAACCAUAUGUAUACCGGAUGGUAACUUUCCCGUAAAAAACUUACAAUUAACAGCACGAGCAACCAUGGGGACUAUUUUACAACGCUCAGAACCAACUAAAUGCGCAGAAGUUGAUAACAUAAAUAUUGCGCUAUUUCAUCCUUACAUCAGCGAGUUUUCAAUAACUGCAUCCUUGCCUCAGUAUCAAUCAUUCUCGAACAGAAAAGACGAAGAUCUAUCCAACUGUCCGCAUCUAUCACACAUUGUGUGGACGUUCAAUCAUUUUCGUCCACAGCCAGGUAUGCAGGUAUUACGAGACAAGGACUCUUCUCUACUUGUAACUAAUGGAAACGGCCAAGAACGAAAAGGAAAACACAUUGUUGUAUUAUUUUAUCUAGAAGGUUUAAGCAAAGGAAGUAUCGAUUCUAGAAUUGGAUCGCAUUUAUUUCUGCGUUUUAAAUCGCUAAAUUCACGUACAUUAGUAAAUUUGAAAUACAGAGAGGCCAAUGGUAGCAUGACUGAAUCAGUAGAAAAAGUUUAUGACUCGUCUGCCUUAGAGCAUAUGUGGGAAAUUCCAGAUUUUACAUGGAGGGAGCAUGUCGAAAAUUAUCUCAUUUUAUCUGUAGAAAGUCAAUCAAAUGAAGACUUUGAAAUAGAUGAAUUGCGCAUGGAAAAAAGGCCUAUGGUAGCGGACACUGUAGAAACAAUUUACAGAAGUGAUGAUGUUAUUAUAGAAGCUGUGUUUGUGGAAUUCUGGUGGUUAGCUCCGGAAAGUAUGACUGUAACACUAACAAAUGGUAAAAAAACGAAAAAUGUAGCAUAUAUACGUUUUUAUCGACCAUUGCCUUGGAAUGGCGGUUAUGCACAGGUGUUUGUUUUAUACCAAGACGGGAAUAUUCGUUUGCUACCAGUCGCACCCGAAGGCGUUGACUGGAUACCAUUCGGAACAUCUGUAAUUGUUGGUCAACCGCGCACAGAUUCGAAUAGACCAUAUGUUAACAUACAAGAAGUGGUCAUUGACCCAGAACGUUGGCAAAUGGGUCUUUUGUACAAAGACGGGUCUUCUUGUCGCAUGAAAAUUAACUGCACUUAUUCAGAAACACAAUUAUUUGUAAACGAUUUGUACUUUACAAAAGAUGCUUUUACAAAUCCUUUUCUGACAAUACGAUCCAUGUUUGUAUCUGAAGGCAAUAAUGACGUUGACAGCAUUAAGAUUGACAAUAAACAUUCAAGACAUAUAAUGGACAAUUUUGGUUCAAUACAAGGGAGAUCAUUUUCGUUUUUUAGACGGUGUAUAUCUAAACAUUUAACACUUAGUCCCGAUAUUCAAGUUGAUAUUGCAAGAACAUCUUUUAGACCCACAUUUGUACCUCUUGCACAUAGACAUUUUGCUCGGCAAGUUCGUAGAAUGAUGGAAAGAUCUCAGAUAAAGACGACGAAAUCUGAUUUUCAAACAUGGUUGUAAUUUAGUUAACAUUAAGAAUGACAAUGUUUUUGAUGUACAAAAAUGUAUCAAACUUUGUAAGUGUGAUUUACAUAUACUACAAACGAACAUAUUUUCACGAACACAUUUUUCGAAACAUACAUGUUCUGCUAACCAUUGUGGUACAAAAUAGUAAGUUUUUAAAUGUAUAUGUCUAUUGGUCAUAUAUAUUGACAUUUGGUCGCAUAUACCCUUAGCCAAUUAUUUAUUUGUACCGUGACGUGUACAUUCAAUAAUAUAAUUUUAUUCUUAGACAGUGUUAUUGUAACAAAAAAUACCUCAUAUUUGAUGGGGUUUCAAACUUUCUAGUAUGCCGAUGUAUUUUGGUGUUGUAUUAUUUUUGUGUUAUAUGUACUUUAAAGAAUACAUAGAAUAUUGUUCGUGUUAGUUGGUGCAUACCAUGUAUAUAUUCUUAUACAGAGUGAUUGGUUUUGAUCUUGCAAUAAUGUCUCCUUUUGUUUUGUAAAUAGUGUACAUCAAAACAGCAUCCAUCAUCAGUCAGAAAGUGUAUAUAGUAUUGAUACAGUAAACAUUUUACGAAAAGAUGUAAGAAAGUUGCAUACAAAAAAUAUAAUUUCCGAAUAUUUGAAUCGAUUUUUUUCUGUUUUUGUCAAAAGUUAAACAGCUAAAUGAAUCAAAUGUUAAAUUUGAUGCAUUUUCUUUUUUUUUAUUUAAAUUAUUACUAUUUUAGUUAAUUUGUUUUGACAAUUACCGUAACCAUAUUUUUCAAUCAGACAUUUUUCAUAAUUAGUUGAAUCUAUUAUGCCAAUGUAGAACGAUUAGUUAUAACAGUCAUAACAAUCUGAAUUGUGUUGUAUAACAGACUACAAAGGGGAAAUCGACAUACAAAAUAAUAUUAAAAUUGUGCAUGCUUUCGUUUUUCUAUAUCUUAUAAGUCAUUCAUAUUACAUUUUGACAUCUGAUUGAUUUAGUUAAUUAAAUAAUUACUAGAUAGAUUGAUGUUGUGGUAAAAAAAUAAUGGACUUUUUAUAUAACAUUAAAAAAAGCAUUCAUUGCAUAUUAAUAAGUCAUGUAAUUCCGUUAUCAUUAUCAUAAUCAUUAAAAAUAAUUUUUUUAAUCAUAUUUUUUUAUUUUGUCUAUUAAGGAUCAUUUGUAUAGAGUAUCUCCUGUAUUGCGGUACCAUUGAGCCCUUGUUUCUUUCAUUAGGUCUAUGUAUGUUAUCUUGUUAGUAGGCUAACGUAGGUCCAUUUAUACAGUCGUUUCAAUUUUUUGUUAAUGUAUAAACUGUGUACAUAAACAUGCUUAUUUAUUUAUUAAUUAGUAUGACAGUUUUCUUGCUGUCAUCUAAAAACCUUGUUAAUACUGAUGGUUUACUUAAAAUUAUUGUAGAUAUUAAUUACAAGUACAAAAAUGAUGUCUUGUUUCUGUUCUUUGUGUUCUUUUAUAUUUAAAAUGCA